AUGUCGCCAUCUAUCCCUAUGCCAGAACAUCCUCUACCUUCCUAUUAUUCAGGGAACUAUGCUCGUAUAAGAUCAAUUUUGGGCUUCUCACAAGCCAGGAAGCUCGACAACCCAGUAUUUGUAAUCCCUGACAAUUUUGGGAAUCUAUCCCAUCAAAAGGGAAACAAGAGCAAUAGCUGGCUCAGUAAUCAGUUCAAGAAAGAUACAAAAUCCAUGCGGCGCAUCAUAUCUACACCAGACACCUCUCCGUCCAAUUCAUGUAUCCCGGCAGCAUCCUAUUGGAAAAACAACGUCAGCGGAAGCACUUUCAAUGUACCCAUUCCAGAUAACGAUGACAGUAUCGAUUUUAUGGAAGGAAGCGUUAUAGAAGAAUUGCCCUAUCUACCGCCAAAAAAGGCCCAAGACCGACACCAAUCCCAUCGACGUUCGUAUGCAGCCAACAGUAUCAAAGUCCGUGAAGCCCAAGUCGGUCCAAACUUGUAUAGCUUUUACCGAGUUAGGAUGCUUGGAAAAGGCGACGUUGGCAAGGUGUACUUGGUACGGCAAAAAGGAACUGACAAGCCCAUGGCCAUGAAAGGCGAGUCUCCACGAGCUUAG